CCUCUUUCAUAUCUCAAUCAUUCAAGCCUCAAUCAGCUUACAGUACACAUCGUUGAUAAACAAUCAUGGCAUCCCUCCCCGCCGGAAGCUGCUGUUACCAAGGCGUCAAGCACGAAGGUGAAGCCAAGGGUAGCUUCUCGCAGCUCAAUGAUUUCGAGAUUUACACCAGCUCUCCUGCUGACAAGUCCACCGAGAAUGGUGUCUUGGUUAUUACGGACGUGAUCGGCCACCGCUUCAUCAACGCUCAGCUCAUUGCCGACCAGUUUGCCGCCAAUGGCUACUUCGUCAUGAUGCCUGACCUUUUCGACAACGACGCCAUCCCGCUCAACCGCCCCGAAGGUUUCGAUCUCAUGGCAUGGAAGGGUGGUGCAUACCACAAGGACAAGAAGCCCCAUACUCCCGAGGUCGUCGACCCCAUUAUCGAAGCAUGCAUCAAGGAGAUGAGAACUAAGUAUGGAUGCAAGAAAAUCGGUGCCGUCGGCUACUGCUUCGGUGGAAAGUACGUUGUGCGCCAUUUGCGCCCCGGCCAGAUCGAUGCUGGAUAUACCGCCCACCCUUCUUUCGUCGAGUCGGAGGAACUGAAAGCCAUCAAGGGCCCUCUGGCUAUUGCUGCUGCGGAAACGGAUGCAAUUUUCCCGGCCGAAAAGCGCCAUGAAUCUGAAGAGAUCCUCAAGGCCUUGGGCCUCCCUUACCAGCUUAACCUCUAUAGCGGUGUGGCGCACGGCUUUGCUGUCCGGGGAGACCCUGCCAACCGGACGGUGCAGUAUGCUAAGGAGAACGCUUUCUUGCAGGCUGUUCAAUGGUUCAAGGAGCACUUGUAGUGUAUUAAUCCUUGUCUAAAACAACCUACCUGCAAUGGGAGAUAUGAUGACCUCAAUGGAUUGUAGGCGUAAUGGCCUUAUAUAUCAAAAUGUUAGACCCUCUCAAUGAACUAUGUCAAUCACUUAUAUCUGCAAGAAUAUGUGACUCGUCAUUAUCAUGCAACCAUGAUAUUCGAAGAUCGAUUUCAUGCAAAGUCUCCAAUUUCCAGGUGAAUAAGAACUAGG